AUGUUUUCUGAUUUGGAGAUUUUAGUUCAUAUUUCAUCAAUCAUACCAUCUAGAUAAGCUAUUCACAGAUGUCAGUGCUUCGCCGGACAAGAAGGAACACCGGUGACCGUUCCCCGUUUAAUCCCGUCAUCUUUCUCCAUAGACACACCGUUGACUCCGGCAACGGCGGAGGUUUUGAGAUGUAUUAUGACGAUGAAACUGGGUCCGGUUUACGCCCUUUACCAGCGAGUAUGCUUGAGUUUUUGUUGGGUUCUGGUUUUGAUCGGUUAUUGGAUCAGUUGACUCAGAUUGAAGCAAACCAGUUGGGGAGGAUUAAUCGGAAUCCACCCGCGUCAAAGGCAGCCAUUGAAGCACUUGGAGCUAUUCAAAUUCAAGAAAUUCAUGUGUUGACAGAUUCAUGUUGUGCAGUUUGCAAAGAUCAGUUUGAAUUAGAAACAGAAGCUAUAGAAAUGCCAUGUAAGCAUUUAUACCAUGCAGAUUGUAUUAUUCCAUGGCUAAAUUUGCAUAAUUCAUGUCCGGUGUGCCGCCACGAGCUUCCAUCGGAAAAUCAAGACUCGGGGUAUGGUAACGAAGAAGCAGCGGUUGGGUUCUCGAUAUGGAGGCUGCCAGGUGGCGGUUUUGUGGUGGGGAGGAGAGGGAGAGAGGGAGAGGUUUUGGAUGAUGGAUUUAACGUUAGUGGUGAUCUUGUGGGACCGAGGUGGGAUUUACGAGGAAAUGAUGGUAGUGGUAGGUGGGGAUGGUGGCGUGUUUUGGGGGGUGUUUUUUCUUGUUUUGGCCGUGGUGGGAGAGGAAGGGGUUUGUCGUUGAGUUCGAGUUCAAGUUUGAGUUCGGAUGAUGGAGCAAGUCGUGGAAGUAGAUUUAUUCCGGCAAUCUUCAGCAGCUCCUCACGGCAGCAUAGGACGUGGACGUCGAAUAUAAACAAUCGGACCCAAAUGUGGUGACUAGAAUCAAACGGUGUCGUUCCUACGUUUUUGGAGACCCUAAGCGAACUAUGAAGCGGAGGCCUUUUUGUAAAAUUAUCGUUUUCAACAUAUUUGGUAACAAAACCCUCCUCCUACCAGCAAUUAUAAACUAAAAAGUUUACAGUUAGCAAAGUUAUUUUUUUUAAAGUUAUAUGUUUUGUAUAGAUAUAGAAUAUGUUUAAAUAAAAUUUAUUUUUCUAGCUUCGGGAUGGGUCGAAUGGUCGAUGGUUGCUGCAGUUAUGUAUGUCGUUAAAUUUCGAAACUGGGCCUUGGCUUGAAUGUAGGCCUUUUUUCCUAAACAAUUUUUAUCUGGGGAACUAUAGUAAAAGACUGGUUUCGUUUUGCUU